AUGAAGUCUGAGUCGUCCUUCUCUGAGGACGUCUUUGUCCCACUUGACUCGUCCCGCAUAUUGUUCAUCCUGAGACUCUGGGACCUCGACUCGUUCAUGGAGGAGGUCUGGGUCACAUUCACUACAAGUGUUCCUGUUGAGGAGACAGAGAGGAAAAGUGAGGAGCAGGAUGCCAGUGCCUUUUUUGCCUUUCAGAUCACAAGCCUUCUGAACUCCAAGAAGAAGCUUGAGUCUGACCUGGUCCAGGUCCAGAGUGAAGUGGAUGACACUGUUCAGGAAGCAAGAAUAGCAGAGGAGAAGGCCAAGAAGGCCAUCACUGAUGCUGCUAUGAUGGCUGAGGAGCUGAAGAAGGAGCAGGAUACCAGCGCUCACCUGGAGAGGAUGAAGAAGAACCUGGAGGUUGCUGUUAAGGACCUGCAGCACCGCCUGGAUGAAGCUGAGAACCUGGCCGUGAAGGGUGGCAAGAAGCAGCUCCAGAAACUGGAGUCCAGGCUGCGUGAACUGGAGGCAGAGGUUGAGGCUGAGCAGAGGCGCGGAGCAGAUGCCAUUAAGGGUGUCCGCAAAUAUGAGGGGAGGGUGAAGGCGCUCACCUGUCAGUGGUAG